UGACAAUUUUGGAGAGCAAGCAACCGUAUGGCAUAUGGCGGAAGCCCGAGCUUGACAUAUUAUUAGCAACGCCGAAUUCGCAAUCCAGCUCAAUAUGUCUCCUUCUUGUUCACACCAUCCUUAGGCUCUUGGGUGGCAGAGCUUCUUGGAGUCCUCAGAAGUGUGAUAACUAGUCCAAGCAGCAAGUCAUCUAUUCUUCUGGAUGCAAGCUCAAACUCGCAACCUCGGCUAGGGAGUCAUCAUGCAAGAUCUGGGGGAGUCUUUCCAUGUAAUUUUAGAAGCACUGCAACUUGUUCCGAUAACAGAUGUCAGAACAAUCCUUGAAUAAGCUUUGAAGCUUCAAGAUAUCAGAACAAUUCAUUGCUUUCUUUACCCCACAUCUGAGAGUCUACCAGUUGCCACUCUUCUUGUUCAGAACCAUCCUUGAAUCUUCUCCUACCCGAACCCGAGAAUUCCUUACUCUGCUGCAAGGUUAGAGAGACUCAGCUGAGAGCCCGAGGUUUAACAAUCUCGGUCGGAGAGCAAGCAACCGUAUGGAAAAUGGCAAGCAGUCCGAGCUUGUCAUUGAUCCUACCAACACCACUGCUACUCCGAAGCCGGGCAAUGAUUGCAGUGAAGACAGCAACACCCAUGGAGGCAGCACAGGGAAGCUUGGCAUGGUCAACGGCAGCACCAGGAAAGAAUCCAUCGAUGGAUCAUCCACCAGGAAUUUGUUACCCAGUAGCCAUGAAUCCAGCGUCGCUGCUGAUUUUGAGCUCCUAUGGAAACUGCGCAAGUAUCUGGUGCUUCUUGGAACCUUAGCUGUUAGUGUGACAUACAAUGCUGGAUUAACUCCACCGGGGGGAUUCUGGACAAACAACACGACUGGGCAUGAUGGGCAUUAUGCUGGCGACCCUGUCCUUCGUGCUCGAUUCUUCCCACGGCAUGAGGUAUUCUUUUACUUGAAUACAGCAGCCUUUGCUGCAUCUCUUGUCUUGAUCAUUUUGCUUCUGAGUAAGCAUGUGACCAGGCAGAAGUUCUGGCUCCGUUCAAUGCAAUUUACCAUGAUUCUGGACUUGUUCAGCCUGAUGGGGGCCUAUGCCGCUGGAAGCUGUAGGGCAGUAAAGUCAUCCAUUUACAUCUGGGUUCUAGUCUUUGCUGUUUUCGUAUAUAUUGUGAUCCAUAUCCUAGUAUUCAUAAGAGUUGUUCCAAAAUUUGUUGAGGAAAAAAGAGCUGUUCAAAAGUGGGUGGAAGAGAAGGUGCAAUCGGUGCAACGUUGCAUUCUAUCCAAGCGCAGUAUUAAUGCGAGCCAAAGGAGCAGCCACCAAGAGAAAGAUGUAGAGGAGGCUCGCAAGUUCAUUUUGAUGCUUGUGACUUUUGCUGCAACUGUGACAUACCAGGCAGGGUUGAGUCCACCGGGUGGCUUUUGGGCCGAAAAUGAUCGAAACAAGCAUCCAGCUACGUCUAUGCUUCGCAGCAAUAACCUUGCUCGUUAUAAUACUUUUGUUAGUUGCAACUCGACUUCCUUUGUUGCAUCUUUGGUCACGAUCAUACUCCUAUUGAGCCCAGAAUUGAGCAGGAAUGGCAUAAGAACGAAAGCAAUGAUUGUGUGCGUCGUUGUUGACCUGUUGGGCCUGAUUGGAGCAUAUGCUGCUGGAAGCUCUAGGAGUGUGGCAACAUCUGUCAGUGUUAUUUUGAUUAUUGUUGUAGUAUGGAUCUUCUUUGCACUUCUAGCUGGGACCUUUGUUCACAAACCUGUAGCAGACUGGCUUAAAAAGAUAAAGCCAGUCAUCAUAUAUACUAUUGGCCGGGCCUUUUCAUUUCCACAUAGUAGAAACAGAUCAAGAAAUAGAGAGGAAGGUAAUUCUGUUGCAAGUCAUCGGCAAACUGCAGAUCGCACAACAGAAGCAGCAGAACCAGACAGCGCUUCUGAACCAGAAGACCAGCCUGCAUACCAUCAGCAAGUUCCAAAUAUCAAAGAGGGUGAAUCCAAUGGGGAGCAUCAUACUGCAGGCAAACAACAAACUGCAAAUACCGAGGAGGUUGUGUCCGGCUCCGAGCAUGCAUUGGUGAAUGACAAGCAAUCAGAAAAUACCAAAGAUGUUGUGUACAACCUGGAAGAUCAAUCUUCGUCAGCUGAAAAAGAGCCGAUGUCCAAAAUAGAAAACCUGCAUGUUGCGAAUACGAAGGAACAAGCUUCAUUGUUGGAUGACCUUAAGACUCCGAAUACUACGGCUGAUAUUUCUGCUGAGCAUCAACCUGCAGAUAACCAGAAAGUUGAAAAUAUGACGGGGCAAUGUUCAUCUACUGAUGAUCACAAGCCUACAGUCAUGACGGUGGAGGAUUCGUCCGAAGACAUAGUGUUAGCCAGUAACCAUAAUGGAGCCACCAGCGAUCUCAAGGAAGAGAAAGAAUCUUCUGAGAUAGAGAAUGUCGGAACUAAUGAUGACACUAGACCUGUUCAGAAUGGCAACAUUAACAAUUAUGAAGGAGCUCCCAGACAAGAUAACAGCAAUAGCAGUCCAACUGAUGAACAUCUGAAGAAGUCCCGCACAUAUCUUCUUCUUCUCGCCAUUCUUGCAGUAUCUCUGACAUACCAAUCAGGUUUGAAUCCACCAGGUGGCUUCUGGUCAAAAAGAGAGAACAAUAAUUCGACUGGUGAUCCCAUCCUUAACGACACUCAUCAUCGGCCGUAUCAUUUACCUGGUGAUCCCAUCCUUGAGGACACUCACCAUCGACGCUAUAUUGCAUUCUUCUAUUUAAAUGCAAUUGCCUUUGUUGCAUCCCUUGUCAUGAUCAUUAUGCUCCUGAACCGGAGGAUGAGCAACAAGGCUAUAAAACGAUAUGCACUGCAGACCGCAAUGAUAGUGGAUCUUCUUGCUCUAACUGGGUCUUAUGUUAUAGGGAGCUGUAGGAAGACGAAGAAGUCCAUUAUCAUCUCCCUGUUGGUAUGCCUUGUGCUUGCUUACGUUGCUAUUCAUGUUCUUAUAGCGAUACAUGUAAUCCCUGAAGGGUGGAAGAAGCAUGUGGCACAAAAACUAGAGAAUUUGUCGUGCAGAUAUUUGUGGUCAAAAUUGCCUCAACUUGAGCACCACCAGAGAGGUCAUGCUAAUGAGGACUGGGAGCGGAGGCGUAAUCUACUAUUGAUGCUUGCUGUUCUAGCUGCGACGGUCACGUACCAAGCUGGCAUGAACCCUCCUGGAGGUGUGUGGUCUGAUGACAAGGCGGUCAGUGGGAAUCCAGGAGAUCCAGUCCUUCAGCACAACAAUCUAAAGCGGUAUGAUGUGUUCUACUACUCAAAUUCAGUCUCGUUUGUGUCAUCCGUUGUUAUCACAAUACUGCUUGUGAACAAGGAAUCCUGUGAGCAUGGUAUCAAGUCCUAUGCACUACGUGUGUGCUUGGUGGUGGGUUUGGUUGGCCUCUUGAUUGCCUAUUCUGCAGGAAGCUACAGGAAAGCAAAGGAAUCAAUUUAUCUAAUCAUCAUUGCCGUUGCAGUUCUGAUCUGCCUUGUGGUUCAAGUCCUUGUGCUCUCAUCGACAAAUGAUACACUUGGAGGGACAUUUGGCAGAUGUAUGGAACGCCCGCUUCAGUGGCUUUUCGGUAAGAAUGAGCUCGGGCUCAAAAAUACUGCUCAGCAGCCAAAAAGUUCAGGUCAUGGUGAGAAAGAAGUUCGAAAGAGGCACAAGUAUCUGAUGCUGCUUGCAAUUUUAGCAGCCUCCAUCACGUAUCAAGCUGGUCUAAACCCACCUGGGGGCUUCUGGUCUGAUGAUGAUGAAGGCCAUGUGGAAGGCAAUCCGAUCCUACACCCACCUGGUGGCUUCUGGUCUGAUAAUAAAGGCCAUUUGGCAGGCAAUCCGGUCCUUCUUGAUAUUAAUCCCCGGCGCUACGAAACAUUCUUCUGCUUCAACUCCAUCUCCUUCAUGGCGUCUAUUGUCGUAAUCAUGUUUCUGUUGAAUAAUUCUGUCUGGAAGAAGGAUGUACCACUUGAGGUAUUGCACCUGAUCAUGAUACUAGACCUGCUGGCUCUCAUGACGGCUUUUGCUGCUGGAAGCUGCCGGAAAUUCAGGACUUCUGUCUGUGUGUAUGCACUGCUAGCUGGUGUUGUUAUAUACUUCGCGAUUAUAUUUCUUUUGUCAAGUGGCAUUGUGAAAUGUGUGAGGCCAGGGGAGAGAAGUGGGACUAGCUCUCCGAGGCACCCUAAUGGUCCUUCGGGAACAGAACCGCUGCAACCUGAACAGCAAGUUUGAAUGCCCCAUUCUCACGGGAAUACUACCGAUUUAAAGACCUGCUUUCUUGUAUUAUCUGGAACUAAUGGCUGUGUUUGGUUUAAGUGUAUGUCUAGAGCUCUGUUCUGACAUGGAAGUUGAUAAUGUUGCCAUGGCUUUGCCAUUCCUUGUAAACUUAUGAACUCAUUCUUUCAUUUGUUCCUUGAGUUUGUCUCAACUAUUUCGUCGUUUCAGUGUUACAAUGGAAGAGGAAGAAGCAUGGAAUCAGUUUCUUU